GUGCGCAUUUGGUUGUAGUGCUGCGCGUAUCCGCGGCUCAUUGAGGCGACGUACUGGCGACGUUUAGGCUACCUUAAGGACCUGAAGAAAUUAAAAUUAAAUACAUUUUUUUCAUAGACCACUGCAUUUCAUUUCCAGGUUGCAAGUUGUGUAGGAUUUUGAACUGCCUCGAGCUGCAAAAAGUAACAGGAACAGAUCAACGGAGUCCAACAUCAUCGUAACAGCCGCGAUUCCGGAACGCGUAGGUCAUUUAUGGAGGCUCGUGGGACGCAAGGAAACAUUUCCUAAAGUCUUCGCAAUCAGGAUAUCAGUCCAUACCUCCUUUACAUCGGAUCAUAGUCUUACUUGGAUUUUAGGCUGUGUGAAAUGUGGCGUAAUGUGCUCGAGAUAAAUGUGCUAUGUGUGUGAUUUGGAGAGGAUCUCGUGGAAGGUGUACAGUGGGAAAGAGCCUGGGUGGACUUAUCUGCAACUGAUCCCCGUUUUCUGAGCGCAAUGGACCUGGAAUGAAGACGAACCAUGGAUAUAAUCUGGGAAAUAUUUCUUAUCUUUCAAACCAGUCUCAUCGUUGGCACCUCAGCUCAGCCAAAUCUACCCAAAAUCCAUGAGGGAUGGUGGGCUUACAAAGAAGUGGUUCAGGGGAGCUUUGUUCCAGUUCCAUCUUUCUGGGGCCUUGUAAAUUCAGCAUGGAAUCUGUGUUCGGUGGGAAAGAGACAGUCUCCAGUCAACAUUGAGACCAGCCAUAUGAUAUUUGAUCCCUUUCUUACACCACUGAGGCUCAACACUGGCGGACGAAAGGUGGGAGGGACAAUGUACAACACCGGCCGCCACGUAUCACUCCGACUGGACAAAGAGCAUCUGGUCAACAUCUCGGGUGGACCCAUGACAUACAGUCACCGACUUGAGGAGAUCAGGUUACACUUUGGCAGUGAGGAUGGACAGGGCUCCGAGCAUCUCCUGAAUGGCCAGGCCUUCUCUGGGGAGGUGCAGCUUAUACACUACAACCACGAACUAUACACAAACUACACAGAAGCUGCUAAGAGUCCAAAUGGAUUGGUGAUAGUGUCUAUAUUUAUGAAGAUAUCUGAGACGUCAAAUUCAUUUCUGAAUCGAAUGUUGAACAGAGACACCAUCACAAGAAUAACAUAUAAGAAUGAUGCAUAUCUUCUGGCAGGGCUAAACAUCGAGGAGGUCUAUCCAGAGACGGCGAGUUUUAUCACUUACGAAGGAUCUAUGACAAUCCCACCCUGUUAUGAGACCGCAACGUGGAUUUUAAUGAACAAGCCGAUAUACGUCACAAAGAUGCAGAUGCACUCCAUGCGAUUGCUAAGUCAGAACCAGCCGUCGCAGAUAUUCCUCAGCAUGAGCGACAACGUUCGUCCGGUGCAGCCACUAAACAACCGCUGUAUCCGCACCAACAUUAACUUCAGCAUGCAGGGCAAGGACUGCCCCAACAACCGGGCACAGAAGCUGCAGUAUCGAGUGAACGAGUGGCUGCUGAAAUAAAGCCAGGAUGUGGAUGAGUCCAAGAACACUAAAAACAAGCAAAUGAAUGACGCAAAAAAGGAAAUGCUGAUGGGACAGUACAGAGUCAAGACUGACAUAUAUCCUGCCAGAAAAAGUCAUGACGUUGUAAAGAAUAAAGUAACCCCAGGAGAGACUUUGCACUGUUGGCAAAGAGAUCCAAUUUCAUACAUCCAAUCAAAACUAGUGACAUACAAGUAUAACAACUACUCAAAUGUUUUGAUACCUUUUUUGGGAAGAAAAACACUAAAAAGAAACAUUUAUUUCAUAGCCUCUUCACAAACGGAACUGGAAGUUUUUAGCCUUUGUACAUAUGGACGACAAAUCUGGUACAAAGGGACGGGACAUUGAAACACCCAACCAAAACAGGACAUCCUCGAAAUCAUCACUGCAUCUUUAUUUCGUGGGGGCAGCCGACAUCAUCCUAGAGAAGAAUGUGAGGUGAUACUGUCUGUAAAAUGAGUGUCUUGGCCUUGUAAAUAUAAUUAUUCAUGCUGAAAAUGAAUAUGUAAAGAUACAAAUAUCAUAAAAAAUAUAAGAGGGAAAAUAAAUGAAAAAAGUUCAAUAUUUUACGCUUGGCGCACUUUGAAUUUCCGGAGCAGAGCUGAUGCCUUUUUUUGUUUGUUUUAUUGUUUACAAUGGUCAUACACUGUGUUUGAUUAAUGUUAUCGGCCCAAUAAAUGUGUUUGGAAAGUUAA